CCUCCUUCUUCCGAACCCGCCGGCUGGUGCGUGUCGCCGCUGCGCCUUCUCGUGCUCCCGCGUCACUGCUGCCGCCAUGCCCGGAGGUCUCCUUCUCGGGGACGAGGCUCCCAAUUUCGAAGCCAAUACUACCGUCGGCCGCAUCCGCUUCCACGACUAUCUGGGAGACUCAUGGGGCAUUCUCUUCUCCCACCCUCGGGACUUUACUCCCGUGUGCACCACAGAGCUGGGCAGGGCUGCGAAGCUGGCGCCAGAAUUUGCCAAGAGGAACGUUAAGCUGAUUGCCCUUUCGAUAGACAGUGUCGAAGACCAUCUUGCCUGGAGCAAGGAUAUCAACGCUUACAACUGCGAGGAGCCCACAGAGAAGUUACCUUUCCCCAUCAUCGACGACAGGCAUCGGGACCUCGCCGUCCUGUUGGGCAUGCUGGACCCAGCAGAGAAGGACGAGAAGGGCAUGCCCGUGACGGCCCGUGUGGUGUUUAUUUUCGGCCCUGACAAGAAACUGAAGCUGUCCAUCCUCUACCCAGCAACCACCGGCAGGAACUUCGAUGAGAUUCUCAGAGUAGUGAUCUCUCUCCAGCUGACGGCAGAAAAGAGGGUUGCCACCCCGGUGGACUGGAAGGUUGGAGAUAGCGUGAUGGUCCUUCCAACCAUCCCUGAAGAGGAAGCCAAGAAACUUUUCCCUAAAGGAGUCUUCACCAAAGAGCUCCCAUCUGGCAAGAAGUACCUGCGCUACACGCCCCAGCCGUAGUUCUCCCCGAGGAGCUGGUGCAGGAGAUGCUUGCCUGGCACCGCGAGCCCGGGGGUGCCCGCGGCGCCGCCAUAGAAACAUCCCGCUGUGCUCACAGCCACGGUCUCUAGGUUGCUAUACUACUGGCUUAUUAAAUGAAAAUGGCACUAAAACUCCGUGGGAUUCUUUGCUUCGUGCCUUCACCAGCAUUGUGUUCUGCCCAGGUGUCCCAGCGCCCUCCCAGCCCUCUGACACGGUCUGUGUCUGAGACAGAUCGUGUUGGAUCUCUGCAGGGCUUGUGCUCAGCAGGGCAGGAUCCUGGAUGGUCAAACGCUGCUUUCUCCAUCUGGGAAUGACCGUCGUGUUCGUUGUUGUCGCUGCUGCUCGGCUGUUCUAAUCAAACCCUCUCCUCCGUUACACAUUUUGGGGAGCAGCAGAGGUGGAGGUGCGAUUUCCUCUGUCCAUCUCGAAGUAUAUUACCUUAGAAGCUAGAGUAACUGCAUAGUCCUCAACACUCAGUGUUCUGAUCACAGCUAAGGGGAAAAGCUUUUCAAUUCUGUACUUUUCCAGGAGGCAACUGACGUGGGAGGAGCAGGGAGAGAGAUCUUUAAAUAUUUUGCUACGAAAACGUUUUGGUAACUUUCUAUCAAGAGGGAGGCUCCAGAAAGGGCUCCGCUCCCUGUGCUGGUGCAGCAGAGGUCUGAACAGAGCGACAGUGCCACCUGCCUGUCACCGCGGGCAUUUCCGCGGCAGCCUUUCCGCCCCAAGGGCUCACCUUGGGGAGGGAGCAGAGGAGGGCUGCAAAUGUUUGUGCAUAGAAAUACUGCCCGGGGUGGGGCAGCACUGUCUGGAUUUUGCUCUUUGGGGAUCUAGCGAAUAAAUCCUUUGUUAAAACUG